AAAACCAUUAAAGAGAAAAAUCCAAGUUGAAGAACAAGUUAAGCGAAAAAUAAACAAGGAAUGGCUAGAGACAACGUCCUCACUCGCGUGGCGACCGGAGCUGCCGUGGGCGGUGCUAUUGGCGGCGCAGUAGGUGCCGUUUAUGGGACUUACGAUGCAAUUAGGUAUAAGGUUCCUGGAUUCCUCAAGAUAAGGCAUAUUGGACAGACAACUCUAGGGAGUGCAGCUGUAUUUAGCCUGUUCCUUGCAGCAGGAACCUUGAUACGAUCGCACUAGUUUGUGCAGUCAUGGUGACGUGUUUUCUUACAAUUUUAGCCAACAAAAAAAUGUCAUGUAACGUCACAUUCUGUAAUCUUUUGAGUGUUGGAAUUAAAUAAAGAUUUUUUUAAUAUUA